AUGAAUUCGAAUUUCACCACAGAUUUCUGCCUGUUUAAGACGAUUGUCACGCUAAUUUAGGACCUUUACACUUACGUCCCUUAACAUAUUCUUUCACAGAUUGAGGCUUCGUCACUCACCCACCGCCUUUCCCAUCCAAUAAUGUGUUGCUACCGCCACCGCCUCUCGCAUCCAAUCACUUACCAUUACCAUUUCUUAUCUUUAUCCCAUGAUUAAAUCCAUUCUCCUUUUCAAGGCCCGUUUCUUCUACAUCCAACCAUACAGAAGGGAUAUUGGAGAAGAAUCCAACCAAACAUCACGUUCGAGACGCUGAAGGACGGAGAAGUAAUAUCGGUGGCGGCGGUUGCCUUUGUGGAGAACCGAACAGACCGAUAAAGUCUCCUUUAGCGACGUCGCUGCUCGGCCUUUUUCUAUUUUCUUAGCUUUCUCUGAAUUUCUAACCAUAACCAAAUCUGAGUCCUAAUUUUUGGCGGAAAUCAUGACCAAUCUGAGCCCUGAUUUUACACUUCACUGAUCUGUAUUACUUUUCCAUCUGAAUUUUUUUUACUUGCUGCCCUCUUUCCGUUAUAGGUCUUCUAACUGGAAUUGCAGCGAUGGAUAGGGCUUCAUCACCUUCGGUGGCGAUGGUACACCUCAACCGGGGGAUGCGAAUGAUGUUCUCACUGCCAAGAAGAAGCUUUGUACUUUAUGUUAACUCUGUUGUACAUGUUAUCGAACCUACUAUUGGACUAAUCAAGCUUUUGAAGAAGGAAUUCCUCAAUUACAACACCUUCGUCAUGUAUCUGUUGAGAGAUAACCUCACACUCUGCAACUCUAAUAUGGUGAUGAAAAGUCAAAAGAUGAAAAAGAAAAAACCACAUGUACAACAGUACUGCGUUGGGACCCACAAAGUUUCAACAAAGUUUUUACACAAGAUACAUUUCAUACGAGAGUUUGAUGGAGUACAAUUCGAAGAAGAUGGGUACACCUCAUGUGUAGCAAGUGGCCCCAGGCAUUGUAAGAUCAAUAAUGGAGGAUGUUGGAAUGAAAGCCGAGAUUGGUUUAUAAGAUGA